AGUCACAUGUAGGAGCGAAGAGGAAUUAGGUCCCAUGAAGCUUGAAGGGCUGACACCGGUGAGCUGCGCGGAGAAUGCAGCAGCUUGUUCAGCUGCACAAGCUUCUGCCAACAGCUAAGUCAGGCUGAGUCGUGGUUCCAGCCCCCUCCAUAUCCUGGCGCAGACCAAGUUCUCGCGGUUAGUGAUGCGUUUGCUGGCCCAAGCAUCUGUUCGGAACCUUGCGUCUCUGCGUGACAUGCAAGCAUUUGCUCCUUUAAACUACCAGGAAGCACAUCGUACUUGACAAUAGAAUCACGCCCAGGAGGUCUUUGUGCCACUUUCGAUGAGGUUGUGUUUUCUGUACACCCAUUGGCAGCGGCCUGAACACUCUGAAAUUCUAAGAUAGGCUUGUGGAUAGUGGAGGUGAUACCGAAGAAUGGAAGAAGGCAAUGCCAACCAGCGGCGAUCAUGGCAUCUUAGACAAGAAGGUUCGGACCUUUCGAGCCUCUCUUCGGCAACUCUCAGCGGCAGUGGCCCUACCAGUCCUUUCUCGUCCUUCGGCCGAAAACCCCAAUACCAGCGUCUCGGAUCGGAGUCCCAUAUUGACCAGAUUGUACGGGAACAUGAUGAAGAGGAGGGAGAUAUAGCGAGGGUUUCUAGGUAUGCUGGGUUGGGAAUUGAGAAUCUGGAAAGGGAGCGGGAAAGUGGCGCGGAUGCUGAACCUUCGACUGGAUACGCUAGAAGAAUAUCUAUCCAGCGAGUUUCCAAUGCUUCGAUCGGACAGAGCUAUACUAGUCCCAGAACCGACAGUACUCCAGGCUCGUCAAAUCCACUCAUUUCGCCGCCAUUGUAUGGCGAUACAAGUCGCCUGUCAAAUGCAAGGACUGCUUACGAUCCUGCCGCGAACUCUUCCACUGAGGACGACGUAGAGAUGUCGAAACAAAAACGAUCUUCGAAUAUGUCCUCAUUUAAUGAUCCCUACAACUACGACGAUACUGCGCAAUUAAACAGACCUAAGAGCAAUUACUCGAUACGUUCAGCUUUCGAGGCAAACGAUUUCCAUCCACACGCGUGCCCUACGGCCAAAAGCUUCUAUCAAGGACGCUUCAACUGGCUCGCGAUGUCAAUUGUGCUCAUCGCAUUGUUCUCUACUGUAUUUUCCGGGAUUUUCCUGGGCAUCGCGAUUCGUGGGCCAAGAUGGGGCAUGGCCAUUCGAAGUAAAGGUGGCUCGCUGAACCCAUCUGGUGCCGAUAUUCUCACUCAGGUCUUUGCGAAACUGAUCGAACUAAGCUUUGUAACUGUAUUUGUCACUUUUUUAGGCCAGGUAUUGUCCCGCCGCGCAUUCAAUUCGUCCGCCAGAGGGGUGACCAUUGCGGAGUUCACCAUGCGUAACUGGGUGAUGCAGCCUGGUAGCAUGAUAACCCACUAUGAGACUGUUAAAUACGCGGCCAUGAGCUUCCUUGGCAUAUUGUCGCUAAGUGUAGCUGCAUUCGCGAUGAUAUACUCUGUUGCAUCAAGCGCACUGGUCGCGCCCCAACUCAAGUUUGGUGACUGGGAGAGCAGGACCUUGGCAGGCCUUGUCAAGGCGCAAUUUUCAAAUGUUGUCUACCUACAGGAAACCUGUCAGAAUCCAAUUCAGAUCAACAAUUUCGACCAGAACUAUGACCUGCAAAACGUCGGGAACACGUGCUUGGAGAUCGACCACGCGGCCCAAGGAUACCAUAAUUACAAGCAAUACCUCAGUUACUGGGCUAAUCUAGUGCAAGUUGGCGAAGCAAACGCUAUUGAUCAGAAAGCGCGACCUCCAGGAUUCGCACUGCAUAAUGAAACCAUCGCCGUCAACGCCACCUGGAUAAAUGUCAUAGACACUGCGAAGGUUUCGAAGGAAUUCAACCGCACAAUUAAUAAUGUAACCCUAGCUUUCCCUCAUGCUGGCGUCGUCUCAGCUGGGUAUGAUAGUGUUAACAGAAUCCUUCAACCCACUGACUUGAAUGGAGAGGGCAUUUACAACAUCCGGGCAGCAGUUCCUAGCCCGUAUAUAAACGUCCUUUGCGCCAACUUCGAGCAAUCAGAAUAUGAAGACUUCGUCUACCAGACAAUGCCAGGCGUUACACUCAAUCAAACACGGGAUUUUGCGAACUUGUCGACAUGGUGGUAUGUUGCAGGUGUCGAUUGGAAACGAUUCACUUCCUUUCCAAUUGGCAACAACUCGCUCGAUAAGGUUUUCGGAUGGCAAGAGCCUGAAGACAGGCCUGCCUUCUACAAGUUUCCAAUCGAUUUCAACACAUUGCUGAACAAUACGCGGCCUGUCUACCAACGAGAUUCAAUCUAUCUUCUCGGCAAGGGUGAUUCCAACAAAAGCCCGGACUAUUUCAUGUGCAAAAUUAAGGCUGGCAUGACGCCAUUUUGUUCCACUCAAUACCAGGCAACGGCCAAUGGUGGUAGCCUAGCUGCUCACUGUGAAGAUCCAGAUGACAAAUUACAAUAUAUUAGAGCCAACAGCAGCCGCACAACAACUACGAGUUUCGAUUGGUACGACGUUGGAGUCCAGGCUGUUACAGCGUUGUCUCUAGGUACAGGCGUAUCCGACGGAGCCGCCUCCAAUUCGCGCCUGUUGACCCAAUUGAUGCUUACCGAUCAAGCACUCAACCCUGCGCUUCCAAGUCCAGCAGAAGCUCUUAGCGUGCUCGUAGGGUGUACUCUAUUAAUGGGUGCUGUAGACACACCUUUCGUGGAAUAUUGGAACUAUACUGUCCCCUCAUUGUCCCAAGGAGUAUAUCAAUAUUUCAAUGCCUCCGUAAGAGCGCAAGAGUACGCCUCAGGUGGGACAGCAGACUACCAAAAGGGAUUCUAUGUUGUCAUGUUUGCGGUCUUUAUUCUUAACGUAUUCAUGCUUGCAUAUUUUCUCAUCAACAAAGGUUUGGUUACGGAUUUCAGCGAGCCUCCAAACAUGUUUUCGCUCGCCGUUAAUUCUCCCCCAAAUGCGUUGCUUGCUGGUAGCUGCGGCGCUGGGCCAAUUGGAAAACAAUUCACUGUCAACUGGGGAAUUGAGACGGAAGGCAAACAUCUUUUCAUGACCACUCGAAAAGGUGACAUCAACAGCGUAGGCAACGGAGCAACGUCGGGGUAUCAAAGUGUAGAAUCCGAAGGCGAUCAUGAAGCAAGUGCUAGAGGAGAGACAAAUUUUGAAAUGGAUACGCUUUCAUCAACGCCAAACACCCUAGCGAGCCUCGGAAGAAAGCAGAGUAAGUUCGGGAGACAUUUGUCGAUGCUGACGAAGCGAAAAAGCUUUCUUUAGCUGCUGUCAAAAGUCGUAAAAAGUUGGCUUGCAGAGACGUUCUGGAUCUCACUGGACUGUCGUCCUGUGCAAGAUCGCUGACGCCGCGAGUGGGCCGUCUUGUGUAUUGCUAGUCCUAAUGAUUAAUGUUAAUGCCCGCACAAACUGAU